AUGGUCAAUAGUAGAAUAAGUAGCAGCGGGUACUGCUCUAUGCUAGAACAAGAAGCACCGAACGAAAGCAGUUUUUCUUCUAUGAAGAUUUAUAAUUUUAUAGACCGGUGCAUUACCAAUAUAACAGCUCAGAAGACCAGGUGUUUAGAGGGAAAAUACAUUAAAACUAAGUUAGAAAAUGAAAAAAUACGAAAUAGGCUUAAUAAAAUAAAGAAUAAGAUAACACACCUUGCAGAAAGUGAAAAUCGGCAUAAAAAUAGUCUUGUUGGUAUAGAAGGCAAAUACUACACGCAUUUAUAUACUUUACUUCCAGAGUUUCUAAGAAUUUAUCCAUCACCGAGUAUAGAAGAGCCUAUUCAAGAAUAUAUAUUGAACAUAGUAAGAAGAAUACUUGAGGAGUACAUAGAAUCAAAAGACUUUACAAAUGAUUCAGAAAUGUAUGUAAAAUACAUCCUAGACAGCACAGAUGCGACCGAUGAAUUCAAUCGCUUAUAUUACAUAAUACAUGAUUUUCUUCUAACUAAUGAAAUAGACAGCUUUAUGGAAAGAUUUAAUACAUGGUAUUCGUACAUGCUUGAAUAUAACUUAAUGAAUCAUCCUAGGUAUAUUAAAUAUGUCAGCCAAAUAUUAAAUGAAAGAGCCUUUUUAAAUGAUACAUCAUUCGCCUCGUUAAAAGUAGACUUGAAUGCAUUUAUGACUAGGCUAAAUUUAGAAAACCCAUUAUUGUAUAAUGAAGUGCAUCUGCAAAAUCCAGAUACUCUGUUUAAUUUAAAUGGAAAUGGGGAGUCUGUCAUAGAUACUGCUAUAGAAACAGUCAUGAAGUACAGAUACAUUCUUAGAACAUACUUUGAAAACUCAAAGUAUAACAAAUCGCAUAGACUAACAAAUGAAGAAAUUAAGAACAUAGCUAUUGUAGCUGAUUACCUCACUGCAAUUAGAUCGUGCAUAAAAGAUGUUCACACAAAUAUUGACCCAAAUUAUUUAUUUAUUGAUGCACAGUAUUUAACCCAAAAGAAAAUUUACAGUUCCUUUGUGGUGGAAGAACCCACCAAUCCAAGAUCAAUUCUAUACUCAGCAUGCGUGGACAACAACGAACUGAUGAAUUAUGUUAUGGAUGCCUCUAUUUUAGAAAAGACCAAGUAUGUUGAAAGACGCGGAGAUAAUUUGGAAAGACUUAUGUUUAAAUUGAAUAUUAGCUCAAUAGAUGAAAACGAAUGUUUUAGGAACUCCGAAUGCUCACCCAGCCGCGCCUAUUCUAGAUGCCCGAAUAGAAGGAUUAUAUCAUGCACUAUGGCAGAAAAAUUAUGCAUUUUAUCGAUUAUUUUACUAAUAGUGUUGCUAGUAUUAGUGUCUUUUUUUGGUAUAAGAAAGGUUAUUGCUUAAUGCUAGCACUUUCUAUUCUAAUUUUGAACUGGUUGGUACUGUAGCGGUUUGACACAUUAUUUAACUUAAGAAUAUUCUACCGGGAUUAGAUAAAAUAAAAUUGGAUUCUUCCAAUGGUUAUGCUAAAUUUCUAUUUAAUAAUCAAAUAAAAG